AUGGCUCUUAAUACUGGACAUGAGGACCCCUUUCGCGACCCUUCGCUCGCUGCGACGUCGCAAGCACGUCCGCAGGCAUCCGAUAAUGUGCAGUACGAUGCACGGAACCCCGAUGGUGUGAAGUCGCUCAUAUUAGCAGAGAACAAGUCGACACACUCGAUACCUUUCUACAACAUUCUUUGGGCCGAGCACUCCGACGACGGCAACGUGACUAUCCAGUAUGCGCAGACUAUCGCAAAGAAGUCGGUUCGACCCGCCAUCGUUAGCUAUAAACUAGACAAGCCAGACAGCACGCGGGCUGAGGCGUGGAUUGAAAAACUGCUGGACCGCGCGUAUGGAGCUUCACAGCGGCAGAAGCGCAUCAAGGUGCUGGUGAAUCCGUUUGGAGGGCAGGGCGGCGCGGUCAAGACAUAUCACAAGAUGAUCGCGCCUAUCCUGGCUGCUGCGCGCUGCGAGCUGGACAACCUGGACAUCGAGGCCUACGACGUGGUCGCAUGCUGCUCAGGCGACGGCAUCCCCUACGAAGUCUUCAACGGCCUGGGCAAGCGAUCCGACGCCGCCCUCGCCCUCCACAAAAUCGCCGUCGUCCAGCUCCCCUGCGGCUCCGGCAACGCGGCAAGCCUCAACUUCAACGGCACCAACAACCCCAGCCUCGCCGCUCUCGCCAUCGUCAAGGGCCUGCGCACGCCCCUCGACCUCUCCUCCAUCACCCAAGGCACCACACGCACCCUCUCCUUCCUCUCCCAGACCGUCGGCAUCGUCGCCGAAGCCGACCUCGCCACCGAACACCUCCGCUGGAUGGGCAGCGCGCGCUUCACAUGGGGCGUUCUCGUGCGCAUAUUCAAGAAGAAAGUCUACCCCGCGGACAUUGCCGUCAAAGUCGAGCACGACACCAAAGCAGCUGUCCGCGAAGCAUACCGCGCCGGCGCAUCCAAGCCCCUCGGCCCCGACGACCGCCCCGUCCCCGACUCCAACACGGGCCUUCCUCCCCUCAAAUACGGCACCAUCAACGACGCCCUGCCCACAGACUGGGAAUCUAUCCCUCAGCCGCACCUCGGCAACUUCUACGCCGGCAACAUGGCCUACAUGUCGCCCGACGCAAACUUCUUCCCCGCCUCCCUGCCCUCCGACGGCUGUUUGGAUCUCGUGCGCAUCCGCGGCGACUUGCCUGCCCUCGCGGCUAUCAAGACUAUGACGGCGAUUGAGAAUAAUACCUUCUUUGACAUGGAGCAUGUGGAUUAUAAGAAGGUUAGUGCGUAUCGCAUUGUUAUGCGGGAGAAGGAGGGCUAUGGGGUUGGGCACGGUGUUGAGCAAGAGUGGGAGGGUUUGUGA